GUGAGACCCGCUUAGCUGCGCGUCUUGACUUGUUGACAUGGACGACGCAGCUCUUCGGAAACUGCGCCAUGGUGGAGCUUCAAGGCUGCGAGUGCCUGGAAUGCGUGAGGAAGGCGGCCUUAUUGCCCGCCUUGCGCCUGGCUGGUGUGCCCUUGGCAGACGAGAUCGAGGAGGAUCUGCAGCGGCACCGGCGCCGGGCAGAGCUGGGGAGAUCGGCGCAUGGAUCGGCAGGUUCUGGAGCGACACAGGGCACUCGAAGCUGGCUGUCCUAUGACCCAGAUGCCUUUCUGCCGAAGCCCUUUGAUGGCUUCCUUCUCAGCGGCCACUGUCCGCCCAUUCGAUGGCCAGACAAGCAUACACCCCUCAAAUGCAAAGAGGUUCGUGUUUGCUACAUCGUGGGCUGUGGGAGAUCGGGCUCAACCAUUCUUGCGGAGAUCUUGAGCCACUACAGGCACGCUUUGCUCCGCUCUGCUCUGCCAUGAAAGGCGAGGAAUGAAAGGUGCUCUGCGUGACCGAUCCUUGUGUUGAAAGAGGUGAAGCUAGGUGGACAUCGAAACAAACAAAAAGGGCAAAAGGCCAAAUGCAUCGAAUUGCAAUUAUAUAAAGAGGAAAAGCUGUGCAUUCCUGCAGCCGAGCAAGGCGCGCCUCAAAAGAGUUGCCCUCCCUCAGUAUACUUUCAGGUAAAGCAUCUCAGGGAAGGAGGUGAAUUCGUUCAUCAACAGGGCACGCUGUGUGUCUACCACUUGCAGACAGUUGAAAGCCAAUCAUUGCAAUGAUAAUUGCAUCCUAAGCUAUGGGUAUUCGUGCUCCAAUGAUCGCAACCCCCAACCAGUUCCUAGCACUCGCGCUCUUUCCACACGCAUUCACCCGAAGUGAGCCAUUUGUCCGCAUUUGCUCGAUAGGAGGGGGCCAGAAUAGGACGUCAAGCGUUAAUAGCUGUACCAGGAGGGUUGCUCGGUUUGAUACAGGCUCCUACCGGAGCAUACAAUACAGAAGGAAUAUAUUUACUGUAAACAUAUGGGCACACUGUAACACACAAAGCGAGAGAGAGAGAGAGAGAGUCAGACAGACAGAUCCACCACAGCUCCACUCCAAAGACCAGCUUCCCAUCUCCCAUCCAGCGCAUCCCCUUUCCCUCCAGCUCCGUGGUGUUCCUCAACGAGCCUCGGCAGCUCUGGCUGCCGCUGGUGCCGCUGGAUGUUUGGUCGACGAAGGCCACCGGCCGCCUUCAACCGGAGGUCGCGGGUGGCGAGGCAGCGCUUGGGGAGGCAAUGGGUACCAACUAUCAGAGG